AUGACAGUGCGGCCGUGUCAGCGCAGCUCCGAGCCUGCACUCAGACUCCUUCCGCUGCGGGGGGUGGGACUACGCGUGGAGUCACAGAAAAGGAACGGGAGAAGAGACGAGCCGACCGCCGCAGCUGUUUUUACACCCAGGUCUGAAGAGUGGACUCUGCUAGAGAGGAGACCUCAGAGAGACGAAGAGCCCUGCCAUGCCCGGUUCUCCUGUGGAUGCUAA